UCCACCCCUCUACUGCUAAGAAUUCAACGAGCCCACUUCUAUCCUUGGUUUCUUUUCAACUUUCUCCAUCACCCAUUCUCUUCUUGGUUACGUGCUCCGCCUUUUCCAUUGACUCCGUUUUGUUGCUUCCUUCUUCAUCUUCUUACGGUAUAAACGGGUCUUUGAUUUUUUUGUUUGACACUCGAUAUUUGUUUAUUUUACAUUUACUUUUACUCCUGCUCUAUCCUAUUCUUUGUUUAUUUUACAUUUACUUUUACUCCUGUUCUAUCCUAUUCUAUUCUAAUACAAGGGGACCAACUGGCCUAUGGGCCGAUGGGGACUGAACUAGAUAAAUGGGUCUUUGAUAACUUUGCAAAUUUUGCUUCGUGAACUUGUAAAACGGUUGCUUCGUUGGGAUUUCACAUGCGCAUCGUCUGUUUGACGUUAUUCCUCAGCAAGCUUAACUUGUUAAGCUAGUUAAGAAGUCGAAAGAAAGUUUUCUGGGUUUUAUUGUAUGGUCGCAUUUGUAAUGGGUUUCUAUGACUGCAAAAUGCUUUCUUUUACGGACAGCAUUGUUGGACCGAGUCAAAAUAAUCUUGAGUUCCAGCGUUGCUUUCUAUGGGGCAAGUCUUUAUGGCGAAUUCCCUCGAGUUUUGGAUGUUUAAAAUCAAAUAAUGGGCCAGUAUUGAUUGUGAAAAAUGAAAUUGAGACAGAGAAAUUUGAGGUCAAACAGGAAGAUAAACCAAGGUUUAGGUGGGUUAAAGUAGGCCCUGAUACUAAUGAGGACCAGAAACAGGCUAUUGCACAGCUCCCACUAAAGAUGUCCAACAGAUGCAAAGCCUUAAUGAAGCAGAUUAUUUGCUUCAAACCAGAAAAGGGCAAUCUUUCGGAUUUGUUGGCAGUGUGGGUGAAGAGUAUGAACCCCAAGAGAGCCGACUGGCUUCUGAUUCUCAAAGAACUGAGCAGAUUAGAGCAUCCACUGUACCUCGAGUUGGCUGGACUCGCUCUCAUGGAGGAAUCAUUUGAAGCAUGUGUGCGUGAUUACACCAAGAUAAUACAUGGUUACGCAAAGCAAAAAAAGGUGCAAGAGGCUGAAAAUACUUUCUUGGCCAUGAAGAGAGGAGGCUUUAUUUGUGAUCAGGUUACUCUAACAGCUUUAGUUCAUAUGUACAGCAAGGCUGGUAACCUUAAGUUAGCUGAAGAUACAUUUGAAGAGAUGAAGCUGCUUGGUGUUCCACUGGACAGGAGGUCAUAUGGUUCAAUGAUCAUGGCUUACAUAAGAGCUGGAAGGCUUAGCCAGGGAGAGAGUUUGCUAAAGGAAAUGGAAGCUGAAAAUAUUUAUGCAGGAAGAGAAGUUUACAAAGCACUGCUGCGAGCAUAUUCCAUGAACGGUGACAGCAAAGGAGCUCAAAGGGUUUUUGAUGCUAUUCAGUUAGCAGGAAUGAUACCUGAUGCCAAGGUAUGUGGACUUCUAAUAAAUGCAUACGUUGUGGCAGGUCAGAGCAGUGAGGCCUGUAUUGUUUUUGAGAAUUUGAGGAGAUCUGGUCUUCAACCAAAUGAUAAGUGUGUCUCCUUAGUCUUGGCUGUUUAUGAAAAGGACAACAAGCUGAGCAAGGCACUUGACUUUCUGACAGACCUUGAGAGGGAUGGUUUUCUGCUGGGGAAAGAAGCUUCAGAAGUACUGGUUAAAUGGUUUCAAAGGCUAGGGGUUGUGGAGGAAGUAGAGCAGAUUUUGAGAGAUUAUGCAUUGAGGACAGCUCAUUAAUAAGCAUUGCUUUUGGUUUCACUUUAAAUUUUUCUGCUUAUUUUGAUCUACUUGAAGAACAGUCUUAAAGGCUGAGGUGAUGAAAAAUGAAAACAGCGAACUUUGAACAGUACAACUUGGAGAGUUUAGAAGGUAAGUGUUGAUUGUAAACCUCUCAUAGCAUUUCCUACACUGCCUUCUUUCCCGCCUCCCUGCGUCCAGCCUUCUUCUCUUGCAUUGGAUUCCAAAUGGGCUGUCUUUAAUUAGCUUAAACAGCAGCUGUACAUGUUCUGCUUUGACUUAGUGGCCUUGGUCUUGGCUGCUCUUUUCAGGUCUCUCCUGUGGUUCACACAACUACUAUGAAUUUUGGGAAGCAAUGGAUCAAUGUGCUUUGACGCACAGUAUUAUGCUUCGCAUACGCAUGUUGACAGUGAGUUGCCUCUGUAUAUGCUGGACUAUUUCUGAAAUGCUGCCUGCUGAAGCCUAAAAGCAUCUACUGGUGGUUUGGGAAAAUAACUUGUAAUGCGUCAUCUGGGACUGGCUCUUUCAACUGAUAUAAAAAGAUAAAAAUGUGACUCAGCACCUCACACUGCUGGUGGGUUAGGGCACCUUGAUUUAGUAAUCAGUCAUAAGGAGACUUUUUAAGCUAAUGUAAUUGGCUACAAGUACAGGUAGCUAAUGUGUAAAUGAUUGAUUUGACUCUUCCUGUGAGAAGGUGGCUUGCACAAAGAUUCUAACUUGGAAUUGACUGCUGUUUGAUUUUAAGCUGUGUUAAAAUUCAAGGCUUCCAAUUUGAACAGAAAGGAAGAGUAUCCUUCAUCCGUUACAUCCAAUGCAGUAAUACUACUCUGUUUUUGUUUAAAUUA